UUGCGAGGUUUUAUUUUAUUUUUUUUUGGACGUAAGCAUACGUUUGACGUAUGCACGCGACUUUUGAAAAAUAUGUGGAUAUUUUGCUCAAAUUAAUUUAUCGACGAAUUAAAUUAGUAUAAAUUUAAUAAUGUCAUUUGAAAAUUUUAAUUGAGUAAUUGACAUUUAUUACAUGUUACACGUGCGAAACAUGAUGUCUAAUGUACGUCAACAACGUUCUACUACUUUGGAUGGUUUACCUAAACAAUUUGUCUCGUCGAUGAGGACACUUUUUGAUAUUAUGGACGAUAAGAAAACUGGUUAUGUAAAAUUUAGUGAAAUUGAACGUCGGUGGCACGAAAAUGGUACAAAGGGUUUGCCUAGUGGUGUGCUUGAAAGUCUAAGGAAAGUCACUCCCACUAAUGGUAUGUUAAGCUUUGAACGUUUCUGUGCUGGCCUAAAAAUAUGUCUCCUUCGUCACCGUGCUAAUCAGUUUAACGAAGACAAACAGAAAGUCUCCAGAUUAACAAAAAUGGCAAACAGACCGGCAUCCGUACCGUUACCGGAGAAGGGUAACGAAUGCACCAAAAUGAAAAUACCAAAUAUGCAGAAGCGUCCCGGUAGUGCCACUGAUAUAAACGAACCGACUCUGAGAACCAGGAGUCGUCAUAAUCACGUCAACACUGCCACCGUAAGACCCAAUAACGUGUUGUCUCAGCAGAGAGCGUUAAGUAUGCCGCAGUUACAGGACGGUUGCGUUUGUAACGAUAAUCCUUCCCAUGGUUACAAGACCGAAUUGAAAGUCGGUUCGCCGACCGCGAACGUUCAUGUAGGUUACGACCGUGUUGGAAUUAUGACUGCAUUGGAAAACUGGAGAUUGGGUAUUAUUAAAAACAGUGAUCAGGUGAACGAUGGAAAAAAUCCCGAAAUUAGUGAAAGGAAUUUGAAUACGAGGAAUAUUACCAUCAGAGGAAAUCAUAAUGAAAAUAAUCCUGUUGGGGAAGAAGGUAAUUCAAUAAUCUAG